CGAGGAGGUUGAGCAGGCUAGAUGCUGGAAUAUCAGCAUGCCUUACGGUAAUGCUUUUGUAUACGGGACGGCGUUAGGUAGUAGAGCUAUUUACUUGCUGAGAUAGUGAUACAUUGAAAAAAUCACUCCAAAACUGAGUUUCGCAGGCUCUUCCACUUCACCCUGGUCCUUCCUGGGAUCACUGAUCGUCAGGCGGCCGCGCGCACAUGUGGUUUACCUCGUCUGUGCAUGUGCAUCCGCGUGUGAUGACCGUCUGGCCGUCCCAACUUGGCCGCCUAGCCUGGCAUCGGCGAUGGCUCACAUUGUUCUUGAAGUUGAUUCUCUUAUGGUCAAGAAUGCAUUGGAGAUGAGCAUGAUCUCUCACUCUCAGCGCCGGGAUUCAUGACCAUCGAGACACAGUUCGUUCCAUUCAUAGUACUAGUCUUAGUUUUCUUGGCCGAAUACUGUCCCAGAAGCUGUAACAAAGUAGCCUCACCGUUAAAACGGUUGAGGUUUGGAGCUGGUGUCUGGUGUUGUUUGGGAAGAGAAGACGAUAGAGUUACCUGUGCAAGUAUAAACGUGUACGCCGGUUCCCGCCGCUGCGAAUGCGACCAAGCAUGCGACCGUACAUCCCCAAGGCCACCUUCGCAUUCUGCCACUCCCUCCUCGCCUCCCGCCUCCUGCCCUCCGUCGCCUCGCCCGCCGCACCUCUCCUCCCCGUCCAGGCCCUCCUCACCACCGCCGGCCUACUCCCGCGCCACCCGGACCUCUCCCUCCUCGCGCUCAACUCCCUCCUCCGCGCCCUCUCCCGCCGCGCCGCCUCCCCGUCCCACCCGCGCCUCGCGCUCCGCCUCCUCGGCCUCAUGCUCGCCCCCGCCGCACCCCUACCCGCCCCGGACCAUCUCUCCUUCCCCUUCGCGCUCUCUGCCGCCGCCGCCGCACUCGACGACACCCACUCCCCCGGGGCUGGGCAGCAGCUUCACGCGCUCCUCACUAAGAUCGCGCUGUUCCCCUCCGACCACUACGUCACCACCGCGCUGAUCCAGCUCUACGCGCCCCGCCCGGACCUCGCGCGGAGGGUGUUCGACGGAUUGCCGCGGCGGGAGGCGAUCCACUACGACCUGGUCAUCGGGGCGUAUGCGCGCGCGGGGCUGCCGGUGGAGGGGCUGGCGGUGUUCAGGGCCAUGUUCGAGGACGGCGCGGCCCCAGACGCCGUCGUGCUCACGACGGCCGUCGCAACGUGCGCGCAGGCUGGCGCGCUGGACUGCGGGGCGUGGGUGCACCGGUACGUGGAGCGGACCGCACCGGGGCUGCUCGGGGACGCGUUCGUGGGUUCCGCGCUGGUCAGCAUGUAUGCCAAGUGCGGGUGCCUAGAGCAGGCGGUGAGGGUGUUCGACGGCAUGCCGGAGCGGAACGAGUACGUGUGGGGCACCAUGGUGGGUGCGUUCGCGGUGCAUGGGAUGGCGGCGCAGGCGAUCGCGUGCCUGGAGAGGAUGACGAGGGAGGACGGCGUGAGGCCGGACGGCGUGGCGGUGCUCGGGGCGCUCUCCGCGUGCGCACACGCCGGGAAGGUUGAGGAUGGGCUGCGACUGCUCAAGGAGAUGCGCAGCCGGUACGGCGUCGCGCCGGGGCACGAGCACUACAGCUGCACGGUCGACAUGCUCUGCCGGGUCGGGCGGCUGGAGGUUGCGGUGGGGCUGAUUGAGACAAUGCCGAUGACCCCGCUCGCGUCCGUGUGGGGCUCGGUCCUCGCCGGCUGCCGGAACUGUGGCAACGUCGAGCUGGCGGAAGUGGCAGCGAGGGAGCUCGAGAAACUAGGCGGCAGCGCCGACGAGGGCGUGUACAUUCAGUUGUCCAACAUCUACCUCGACGCCAACCGGAAAGACGACGCGCGGAGAGUGCGGAAGCUGAUAGGCAGCCGUGGGAUCAAGAAGGUCCCUGCGUACAGCGCCGUAGAGGUAGACGGGGAGGUGAGCUCGUUCGUCGCCGACGACCAGGCGCACCCACGCCGCUUCGAGAUUUGGGAGGUGCUCCGGCUGCUGGCGGACCAGAUGGGGCGCAAACCAGACGAGGAAGAAGAUUUUUUUUUUUUUUUGCAUUGUUGUUGUAAGAUGAGGUUUUUGCCGUGCCCUCGUGAAAAGUCAUGUUCAUUUAUCUAUUAAAUACGAUAGGUGCCUGAUUUUUUUAGGCUUGAUGCAAUUAAGUUGAUGGUGAGCGAAGCUAUCUCAAUACAGACAUAUAUGCGACUGGCGAUUUCAAGUAUAAAUUUGGUGCGGAAGUGAAGCACAAGAGUUUGCUUAAUGACGUGGCAAGGU